AUGGUCGGUUUCAAGCAACUCGCGCUGCUCGCAGCUGCUACCUGCGGCUUCGCUGCUCCCACUCUCAAGGAGAGAGCUGCCGAGACCAUGGUUCAAACCCGGGCUGAGAACAGCUACAUCAUCACCCUCAAGAGCUCCGUCGGCUCCCAGGGCCUCACCUCUCACUUGAGCUGGGUCAACGAUGUUCACUCCCGCAGCCUCGACAAGCGUCAGUUCACUGGCGCCGAGCGCACCUACUCCUUCAACUCUUUCCAGGGUUACUCUGGCAAGUUCGACGAUGCCACCAUUGAGGCUAUCAAGGCCAGCCCUGAGGUCGCUGCCGUUGAGCGUGACGAGAUCUACACCCUGAGCGCCCUUGUCACCCAGACUGGUGCUCCCUGGGGUCUCGGAACCAUUUCCCACAAGACCUCCGGCUCUACCUCGUACAUCUACGACAGCGCCGGCGGCACUGGCACCUUCGCCUACAUCGUCGACUCGGGCAUCAACACCGCCCACACCAACUUCGGCGGCCGCGCCUCGCUCGGGUACAACGCCGCCGGUGGUGCCCACACCGACACCCUCGGCCACGGCACCCACGUUGCUGGCACCAUCGGCUCCACCACCUACGGUGUCGCCAAGCUCACCUCCCUGAUCUCCGUCAAGGUCUUCGUCGGCAACUCCGCCUCCACCUCUGUCAUUCUCGACGGAUACAACUGGGCCGUUAACGACAUCACCACCAAGGGCCGCGCCGGCAAGUCCGUCAUCAACAUGUCCCUCGGCGGACCCGCUUCCACCGCCUGGACCACCGCCAUCAACGCCGCCUACAACUCCGGGGUCACCACCGUCGUUGCUGCCGGUAACGAGGCCCAGAACGCCGCCAACGUCUCCCCCGCCAACGCUGCCAACGCCAUCACCGUCGGUGCCAUCACCAGCACCUGGGCCAUUGCUUCCUACUCCAACUACGGAACCUCCCUGGACAUCUUCGCCCCCGGCAGCUCCAUCCUGUCCACCUGGUACACCUCCACCACCGCCACCAACACCAUCUCCGGUACCUCCAUGGCCUCCCCCCACGUCGCCGGCCUCGUCAACUACCUCCAGUCCGUCGAGGGCCUCAGCACUCCCGCCUCCAUCGUCGCCCGCAUCAAGGCCCUCGGUACCUCUGGCAAGAUCACCGGUACCCUCAACAGCUCCCCCAACCUGGUUGCCUACAACGGCAACGGCGCGUAA